ACACUGCUCGCACAAAAACAUACGGCGGAUGUUGAUGACGCUGCCUUGAAGCACACUUUCUGCCUGCGAGGAUGCUUGGAAGACAAUAAGCGCGCAGUGCGUUUUUGGAACAGAGGACUUCAACCACCAGAUUAUCCGACCGCAGGAUUUUGUAUAUUUUCCCCUCCACCCACUCCAACCAACCUGCAUGGGUGUUUUGUUCCGCUUCUUUAUGACACAGCGCGUCACAGGUUGCUGACAGCGCAACAAUCUCUCCUCGGAGCAGAUAAGCGCAGCAGCAACGUGCGCUUUUUUGCGCACAAGGACAAGGAACGCACACAACAGCAAAAGACAACCUUAAGAGAGGACACUAAAUAGAAGACAAAAACAUGUCAGACGGUCCGAGACAGCGAGGCGCGUCCGCCAAGGAUGCCGGUGAGCAGGAGUCUGCAGGAGGAGGAGUUGCACUGAAGAAGGAAAUAGGGCUGGUGAGCGCCUGUGGUAUCAUUGUUGGUAAUAUUAUCGGCUCUGGGAUUUUUGUCAGUCCUAAGGGAGUGAUGGAGAACGCCAGCUCCGUGGGCGUGGCCCUGGUCGUGUGGAUCAUCACAGGCAUCAUCACCGCCAUUGGUGCACUGUGCUACGCCGAGCUGGGCGUCACCAUCCCCAAGUCGGGAGGAGACUACUCCUAUGUGAAGGACAUCUUUGGAGGCUUGGCUGGGUUCCUACGUCUGUGGAUCGCCGUGCUGGUCAUCUACCCGACCAACCAGGCUGUAAUCGCGCUGACGUUCUCCAACUACGUUCUUCAGCCCCUCUUCCCCACCUGCUUCCCGCCUGAGAUUGGCCUGCGCCUGCUGGCUGCCGUCUGCCUCUUGCUGCUGACAUGGGUGAACUGCUCCAGCGUAAGGUGGGCGACGAGGGUGCAGGACAUAUUCACAGCGGGCAAGCUGCUCGCUCUGGGCCUCAUCAUCAUCAUGGGCUUGGUGCAGAUCUGCAAGGGGGACUACUACUGGCUGGAGCCGGCCAAUGCUUUCGAGCCCUUCCAGGACUAUGAUGUGGGAUUGAUUGCCCUAGCCUUCCUACAAGGCUCCUUUGCCUACGGGGGGUGGAACUUCCUCAACUAUGUCACAGAGGAGCUGGUGGACCCCUAUGUUAACCUCCCCCGCGCCAUCUUCAUCUCCAUCCCGCUUGUGACGUUCGUGUACGUCUUUGCCAACAUCGCCUACGUCACGGCCAUGAGUCCUCAGGAGCUGCUGGCUUCCAACGCUGUCGCCGUGACGUUUGGCGAAAAGCUUCUGGGUGUGAUGGCGUGGAUCAUGCCCAUCUCCGUCGCUCUGUCCACUUUCGGGGGUGUCAACGGUUCCCUCUUCACGUCGUCACGGUUGUUCUUUGCUGGGGCCAGAGAGGGACAUCUUCCCAGUCUUCUAGCUAUGAUCCAUGUUAAACGUUGCACUCCCAUUCCUGCUUUGCUCUUCACGUGCCUGUCCACACUACUAAUGCUGUGUACCAGUGACAUGUACACGCUCAUCAACUAUGUAGGCUUCAUCAACUACCUCUUCUAUGGUGUUACUGUCGCCGGGCAGAUUGUCCUGCGAAUCAAACAGCCUAACAUGCAUAGGCCAAUCAAGAUCAGCCUGAUUUGGCCAGUGAUUUAUCUCCUCUUCUGGGCCUUCUUGCUCAUCUUCUCGCUGUACUCCGAGCCUGUGGUGUGUGGUAUCGGCCUGGCUAUAAUGCUCACCGGCGUUCCGGUCUAUUUUCUGGGAGUCUACUGGGACAACAAGCCCAAGUGCUUUGAUCAUUUUGUUGACAAACUGACAUACUUAGGACAGAAGUUCUGCGUGGUGGUCUAUCCAGCUAAUGAUAGCAGCAGCGUCGGCGGAGACGAGGGAGAGGAAAUGAAGGAGGCCAGGUCUCCUCUCUCCAAAGGGGACGAAGAUAACCACAAGUCAGCAGACUGUUGAAGGACACAUCUUUAAGCUCCACCCGCCCCGGGCUCACAUUCAAAAGUGCAUCAUGUGCUACAGUUGGAUGUGGUUUUACUGAUCAACAACAUCAGUGCCCCCCCCCCUUUCCCUUACUGUAUCUUAAUAUCUCUGUGCCAAAUAUGCUGUGACAUCUCGACGAGCAAUAUCUCCCCUCACACUUUCAUCUGGGGUGUUUUAAGUGUGCAAUAAAGACAGGUUAGCACAUCAUCAUCAACAUCUUCCUCCAUCCACACACUCCCUUACACACUCCCCAAAGAUUAUCAUCCUUUUUUAUUAUUAUAUUGCUGUGAGGAUGUCUUAUUUUUCUACUUCAUUUUUUUUAAUCGUGUAAAUGUUGCUUUUUUCAGACAUUCAGAGCACCAACGUUGUGUUAGAUCAUCCAAAACAAACAAUGUUGUGAAGUACAUGAAUUGCAGCAGAGUUUGAUUCCAAAAUGCAUUUUGUAAUUAUGGUAAUUGUUUGUAGAUUUUGUGUGCGUGUGUGAUAUUUUAUCAUAUUCAUCUGCCUUUUUGUCACUCACAGCCGAUGUCUGAUCUAUAGUACGUCUUCUUAAAGGUGCACAGUUCUUGUAAUUUGCCUUAAAUUAGAGUAUAUGUUGUAGCGUUUUUAGCCAUGCUAUGAUUGAUGUGAAGAGAUGUUUGUCAUUCUUUACAGGCAGGUUUUUAUGAAAACAGUUUUUAAAAAAAGUGUCAUUUUUUGCAUAUUUUUCUAGAUUUUUUUCCCUGCAAACCGCACAGAUGACACAUAGUCUUAACCAGGGGUCUCCAGAGGCUGCAGCACAUAAAAAAUACAAUUAAACACUUAAACCAACAAAAGAAAUUUAAAAGAUGAAACUUUAAUACGAAUAAUAAUGAUAAACAGGAUUUAUUUUUCUUCUGUAUGUGGCCGUCAUUGGAAACCCCUGGUGACACCACUUUGUUGCCACUUCAUUUGUUUAUACAAGAAUCCCACAAAACCGACACAUGAAUGGCAAAACACAAAUUUUCAUUGCUAACCAUGUUUUAUUUCAGCCUGUAAGAUAUGAGAUAAAUGAUAUAUGUUGUCUUCAUCCAUGCUAUUCACUACAAGUUAGUUUACAAUUAGUACACGCACAAGUAUACAGUGAAUGAAACCAUUUGUGUGCUACUUGUGGUAUACCAACAAAUAGUAAUACUGCUGUGUUUCUUAACCUGCAAUAAUCCUCCGGUUUCUCAGGACAAAGUGUCUUAAAUACGCUGCCUAAGACAUUCAAGACAAACGCUAAACAUCUUUACGGGUGCUAUUAAGAUAUUUAUUCCUCUCAGGAUUGUUUUCACUGCCCCACAUUGUGCCCCCCCCACCGGGCAGCUGCUGUCACCACAUCUCUAUCCCUGUCAGUCAAGGGCCCUAUGAAUUGUCAUAACUCCCCCCCAUACAACGCCCCUGGUUACAAUGCUGUGAUAUGUGCCUGUUGUAUUGUGUACACAGUUUAUUGUCUCUUUGCAAAUAAAAACACUGACAGAUGGA